AUGAUCUCCGACGAUGACCUCUACCGCCUCGCCAUCCUCCUUGGCUCCUGCGCCAUGAUGAUGAUUGUUCUAUACCACUUCCUCGAUGUCAAUUCCAGCGAGGAGGAACCUGAGUCUGCCGAAUCAGCAAACCAGAUCAAGACCGAGGCUGCUGUAUCAGUGGUGUCCACAGACAAGGUGUUAGAGGAGGGGAAUUAA